UCCUCCGGGCUGCGGGCUAACUUCUCGUCGACACACCACUUCAGUUCACAUUAUUUCGGACUGGAUACGACAAGCAGCAGCAGCAGCCAGAAGACAUGGCUUUCCUCCUCAGAACAUUUGUACCGCUGUUCCUUCAGGUGUGCGUCCUCAGCUGGAGCGCGUGGGCCAAGGUGGAGCUGACUAUGCAUGAGAGCGUUGAGGUGUACCUGGGUGACUCGGCUCAGAUCCCCUGCCAGUACAGCUUCACUAACGCCGACAACGAGCCCAGCAUUGUCAUAAUCCAGUGGUUUGUGAGAGCUGCGGGGGACAACUCACGGAUGCGGAUCUUCUACGGUGACGACAGCCAGCAGAUGGUGGACAACAACACCAACUACAGUGGACGCAUCGAGGUGACUUCGGACCAGCAGGGAACCCAGCUCACCAUCCAAGAUGUCAAGCUGUCAGACGAGAAGGAAUUCUUCUGCCAGGUCAACGGCAUGGCUGCCGGGAACGCUGAGGGGAAGACCCACCUCAGAGUGUUUGCUCCUCCAGAGGCUCCAGUCAUCGAGGGAGUCUUUACUGGAAUAUCUGUGACCAAUGAGGUGCCGUCUAAGGUUGCGUCGUGUGAGGCUCGGAACGGCUUCCCUAAACCCAACAUCACCUGGUACAGGAACGGCAUGCCGCUGAUGUCUUCCCCAGGACAUGUAAACGUGCUGACCCUGGUGACCCGGGACUUCAGGGACUUCUACUCCGUCCAGAGCACGCUGGAGUACAAGGUGGCGAAGGAGGACAAGGACGCCCAUUUCUUCUGUGAGGUCAGCUUCUUUGUCCCGGCGGCCAUCAGGACGGUCGAGUCCAACAGCAUCAACGUCACCGUUCACUACCCCACCACCAUGGUGGAGCUGUGGAAGGAGUCGCCCCAGGGCUUGGUCAAAGAGGGGGACACUGUGGAGCUGCGUUGCCAGGGUGACGGCAACCCCCCGUCGCCCUUCGUUUUCAACAGAGAACAAGACCCGGACGAGGACUUGGAGAGCCGCGGCGAUGUGUUGUUCCUCUCACCGGUGUCGCGGAAAGACAGCGGCAUCUACCAGUGUCGCCCUCUGGACACCGACGACUACGCCGACGUCAAAGGAGAAAUGCAGCUCACCGUGCACUACUUGGACCCAGCGGUCGUGGUACCCAAAGACUCAGAAGUCAUGCUCAAAGGAGAAGAUCUGAUUGCGACCUGCAACGCUCUGUCCUCCCUGAAAACCUCCACCGUCUGGUACAAGGAUGGGCAGCAGGUGGGUUCGGGGAACACGUUGCACCUGAGGGACGCCACCUAUGCAACAACAGGAGAGUACGCAUGUGAGGUGACCGUUCCCUCCCUGCCGGCCCUUCACACCAGCGGCUCCGUUCACAUCAUCGUCCAAGGUGGUGCCCAGCUGGUGGGCGAGGAGCAGGAGGUGCAGCUGGAGGAGGCAGCAGGCAGGAUGGUGAACCUGAGCUGUGAGGCUCAGGGCCAACCGCUGCCCGUCAUCAACUGGAACAUCAUCGGCAGCCAGAACUGGCACGAGGUGGUGAACCAGGCAAACAGGCACAUCGCUCACAGCGUGGUGUCGGUGAAAGUCACCUCGGACAUCAGCGCCCUGUGCAACGCCUCCAAUGACAUGGGCACCGAAGUGAAGGCUUUCAGCAUCAAAGCCAUUCCCAUGGUCACCUCAACUGCUCCCUUCUCUCCUGCCGAGGGCAGCGGGGUGAUCAUAGUGGUGAUCAUACUGUGUCUGCUGCUGCUGGCCAUCCUCGGCAGUGUUCUCUACUUCCUGCAUAAGAAGGGGAAGAUCCCCUGUGGACGCUCAGGGAAACAGGAGAUUACCAAAGAGAAGACCACCAAAGAUGACAUUGUCGUGGAGAUGAAGACCAACACAAAGAAUGAGGAAGCCGUCCUCCUAAAGGCCGUCAACGGAGACAAAAAGGGCCCCAAUGAGCAGGUAACUGCUGGAUGAACGUCAUUAUUUCACAAUUAAAGUCCCCGAUGGUCCAGGAGUGACGUUGUGCAGCAGGAGGCAGGACACACGAAGCCAGCAGUCAGCGCGCGUGUGUGCGUGUGUGUGUGAAACCACCUCACAGUCCGGACCCCCCCCAAAUCAGGCUUUCAUUCUCGGCAGUAUUCAGUAGAUUUACACAGGAACACACACACACACACACACACACACACCACACACACACACACACACACACACACACACACACAGGUAUGUUUGUACAGAUGUGUUUUUUCCUUUGGAUGUUUGCUUCCUCGUUCAGUUUCAUUUUGUUUUUGUAUGCUCGGCUGUCGUUCAGUGUGUGUGUGUGUGUGUGUGUGUGUGUGUGCGCGUGUGAUGGUGUCUCAGGUGCGUCAUCACCUUUUUGUUUUUUAAAAUAAAAGUGUAUAUAUUAUAUAUAUUUUGUUAUUUAAGAUAUUUUGGCACGUUCAUGGGUCCAGGUGAGUUUUUCAGAGACCAAACGCUCUUCAGUCCCACUGAGAGGAGGCUCGUCAGUGUGUUCGCUCCGGUUUCACAGCCAACGUUUGUCAGGAUUCAUAUUAAAACUGACCCCAAAAAAAGGGCGUUUCCUCCAGAAUUCAGUGUCUAAUGUGGCUUGAAACGCCGGAUAAUCAGCACGCACACUGGCAGCCUUCUCUGGCAAACUGCUGUCAAACCCUUGUACUGUUUGUAAAUACAUUGUAGUGUACAGACCUGCUAGUGGUGGCCUUGGACUGUUACUGAAGGUGAAAAGGUCAAAGGUUAGUGAUCUGCUGUGCCUGUUUUUUGAGAAUGCAUCAUACACUGAAUUUCUUUUUCUUUUGGGUUUGCUCGGUGUGUUUGUUCUUGGUUUCCACUGCGAGCUAGUCGGGCCUGAAGAAGUGUUUCCAGUGUUUGUGAGUGUUUGUGACGUGUUUGCUGCAGAUAAAACACACACUGUACUGCGAGCUGCAGCGUUUUACUUUCUCUGCUUACUGUCUGAGUUUCUGUUUGUGUCUGUGCAGUGUGAGAGUCAACUGGCAGACGCUUACACACUUUUUAUCAGAUAAUCCGUCACAGGGAACAUUGAGUUCUAUCACUCGGUGGUGAUGCAGUUUUUACUGCAGGUUGAUGAGAAAGGUCUGCUCUGUGAUGGAUCUGAACUCCAGCAAGUCUCGAGUUUCAACGUUGUUUUUUUCUUUUAAAUGAAUGUAAAGCAGUGGCUGUGGAAGGUAGAAAUACACUUCAUUUCUAUCUGCAGCUCCCCCAGUUUCUCAUUAUCACCACAUUCACACGGCAGAGCAAAGAAACCAGGACUCACUGUUUCGAAGGCGUUUCAACAAUCUACCGUCUGUACAGGAGCAGCAAAUGACAAACCAGCCUGUUCUCUUAAUCGUGUAUGAAAAUAUUUAUGGAACAAAAACAAACUCAACAUAAAAUUGUAACAUUCCCGAAUCCGAACAAAGACGGCAGCAUCCCGUUAGGUUCACCACUCUUACUCUUCCACACAAAAACAACAAAUCACAUUAAUCAAUGACGGAAGAAAAGGCAAAAACAUAACCAAACAUAAACCUCAGAAAAUGACAACAAAACAAGAACAGCAAAAAGAAAAUGUUCCAAAACAACACAAUUAAAAGAUAUAUCUACGUAAGAUUCGUGUUUUUCUAUUUUCAUACACAAGUUUUUAUAUUUCUUGUACAAAACAAUAAGGGCGAUGUCAUUUCUGGACACUUUCUUAAAGAAAAAAUGGUUAAAAGCCCCUUUUUUUAAAAUCCAGAUGAGGAAAAGGGUUUUUGGAGAUUCUUGAAAUGCCUUCAGACGAGCUGUAAGUGUUUCUGAACGAACUUCUGGCUCUUGUUGUGCAACAAGUGGACGUUUGAAUGUGAUGAUGAUGGAUGGGGGGGGACAAACUGCAGCUGAUUUCUAGUAACUAUUAACAUGCAGCAACACUGGAGCACUGCUUGUAAAGGCCCGUGUUGUGAAUACGAUGUUACUGAUCAUUGGUUAGGUUAUUGUGAAAAGAUUUGUUUUGUUGCGCUACGUUGCCCAGAUGACUUGCAGCAUUAAAAAAAUAUUAGAAGUAGUGAGAUGUUUUCUGUUUUCCAUUGAGGUGAUAAAGUUGUUUUAAAAAAAUAAAAUAAAUCCAGGUUCAGGACGUCCUCAGGCAAGAAGUGUCCUCGUGUGCGACGCUUUCAUUGUGGUUUUAGAGAAGCCGCAUAAAGCCAUAACACCGACCGUCUCUGGUUUCAGUUCCACACAACUUUAAAAUAUUCUGUUUUUAUUGUUUCACCGGUGAGAAAACAAGUUUGAAACAUUGCAAACAAGUUCUUUCUUUUUCUAAAUGUGUGUAAAUUAAGUACUGUACAUGUGAUUCUUGAUGCUUGCGUUUUUUUUUAUAUUUUUUGCAAGAAAAUAAUGCCAAAUAAAAAACGUUUCAUUUAAA